GAAGCAAAAUGUGAGCAGUCUUCCUCUUCUGCCUCUAUGGAUCCCAUUUUCUGCCGUUACGGUGGCAGAGGAAUUCUUAUACUUCACCCUGAAACUCAUGACUGAUGACUGGCAAUAUGAGAGGCCAAGCUACCAGUACUUACUGGGAGACAUCAUUAAUUUUGAGGCUACUGUCAUGCAGUACUUUCACGUGCCCCUCCGUGUUUAUGUGAACAGCUGUGUAGCUACUCUUUCACCGAACGUGUCCUCCAACCCCAGAUAUGCCUUCAUUGAGAACAAUGGGUGUUUAGUUGAUGCUAUAAUCACAGGCUCUGACUCUAAGUUCAUGCCUCGCACUGCAGAGAACAAGCUUCAGUUCCAGUUGGAGGCCUUCAGGUUCAAGGGUGCUGACAGUGGAUUGCUCUACAUUACCUGCCACUUAACAGCAACAUCGACUGCCUUUGCCAUCGAUAGUGAACAUAAAGCUUGUUCCUACAUCACUGGGUGGAAGGAGGCCAGUGGAGCUGACGCAGUUUGUGGCUCCUGUGGAUCUGGAACUGGAAUUGGGUCUGGCGCCUCAACCGAUCUGUCUACUCCUGGAAGAAAGAUCCGUGAUUUGUCCCAGACUGAAGUUUUCGAAUGGGAAGGUGAUGUCACUCUGGGUCCCAUCCCCAUUGGAGAGAGGGUGGCCACUUAAAUCAAUUUCCAGCCAUUACUAUGACCAUCAAAAUAAAUACUGUCAUUGGUUCA